UUUUGAGAUGGGGAAGAUGUACUGGAGAGGAUGCCCAGAUGAUGUAUGGGGAAUAGCACACCACUUUAAAAGAGCAAUUUGGUCAUGGAAUCAUGGAACCAUGCAAUUGCAAAGGUUGGAAAAGGCUGUGAACCCACACCACCACGUUCUCCAUGAGUCUGUGUCCUCAAGUGGCAUCUCCACAGGAGUUUUGAACACUUCCAGGGAUGGUGACUACACCACUUCACUGGGAAUUCCAUUCAAAUGCUUUUACAACCCUUUAAUGAAAUUUUUUUCUUCAUGUAUAAUCUAUUUAUUUUCCUAAAGUAUAAUCUCCCCUGGGGCAACUUGAGUCCAUUUCUUUUAGUCACACCACUUGCUCCCUGGGAGAAGGGACUGACACUCAUCUCACUAAAACAUCCUUUCAUCCCUACAACCUCCUUACCCACCUAGAUCCAUGUGGUUGCAAUGCCAGCAGGAUGUUCCAAGCAGCCUGGCCACCCAAAUGCCAUUUUUUCCCCUUCUGCAGCUUUUUUUCUCCCAGCUGUCUAUAUGACCUCUAUUUCCACCCCACAGGAGCUGAGUAAGAAGUGUCCCCUGGUGAAUGGCAGGGCUGCAGGCAGCCAGGACAGCACCUGGACCCUUCCCAACUUGCCCAGUAAGUGCACAUGGACAGCCACAACGCCUGCCAGCAAGUCUCCACACUCCUGUGUUCCCUUGAGAGAAGAAAAGAAGAUCUUGCCCAAUAUCCUCAAGAAAAUUGGCUGCACCCCAAUGGUCCAAAUCAACAAGAUUGGGAAGUCCUAUGGGCUCAAGUGUGAGCUCUUGGCCAAGUGUGAGUACUUCAACGCGGGGGGCAGCGUGAAAGACCGCAUCAGCCUCAGGAUGGUGGAGGAUGCUGAGAGGGCUGGGAUUAUCAAACCAGGAGACACCCUGAUUGAACCCACUUCAGGAAACACAGGGAUUGGGCUGGCACUGGUGGCUGCAUUGAAGGGUUACCGCUGCAUCAUCGUCCUGCCAGAGAAAAUGAGCAUGGAGAAGGUCGAUAUCCUGAAGGCACUGGGUGCUGAGAUCGUGAGGACGCCGUGCACUCGCUUUGAUGCCCCCGAGUCCAACAUCCGUGUGGCCUGGAAGCUGAAGAGUGAAAUCCCAAAUGCUCACAUCCUGGACCAGUACCGAAACCCCAGCAACCCCCUGGCUCAUUACGACACCACGGCCGAGGAGAUCCUGGAGCAGUGUGAAGGCAAGGUGCACAUGGUGGUGAUUGGGUCUGGCACAGGAGGAACCAUCACUGGUGUUGCCAGGAAGCUGAAGGAGAAGUGCCCGGAGUGCAAGAUCAUUGGCGUGGACCCCGAGGGCUCCAUCGUCGCUCUGCCCAGUGAGAUGAACACGAGCAACACCACAACCAUCGAGGUGGAGGGCAUUGGGCACGACUUCAUCCCCACUGUCCUCGACAGAUCCGUGGUGGAUCAGUGGUACAAAAGCAACGACAGAGACUCGUUCCUCAUGUCCCGCAGGCUGAUCAGAGAGGAGGGGCUGUUGUGUGGGGGCAGCUCGGGCAGUGCCAUGUCUGUGGCUGUGAGAGCUGCCAAGGACUUGCAGGAAGGCCAGCGCUGCGUUGUCAUCCUGCCCGACUCCGUCCGCAACUACAUGUCCAAAUUUGUAAAUGAUACAUGGAUGAUAAAAAAUGGGUUCCUAAAUGACGCCCAGGAGCACAAGCCUUGGUGGUGGAACAUCAAGGUGCAGAAACUGAAUCUCUCGGCCCCUCUCAUCCUCCUCCCAGAAGUCAGCUGUCAAAAGGCAAUUGAGAUCCUCCAGGAGAAGGGAUAUGACCAAGCUCCUGUUGUUGCUGAGUCAGGGCUGAUUUUGGGAAUGGUGACCCUCAGCAACACCCUGAGCUCCGUGCUGGAUGGAAACGUGGAGUCCUCAGACCCUGUCACCAAGGUCACCUACGACCAGUUCUCCAAGAUCAGCCUGGAGGACAGCCUUGGGAAGCUUUCCUGCAUCCUGGAGAACGACCACUUUGCCAUCGUUGUGCACGAGCAGAGGCACUUCAGUGGGAAUGGCAGCUCCUCCACGAAGCAGACGGUGUUUGGUGUGGUCACAGCCAUGGAUCUCCUCACCUUUGUCAGCAGGAACGACAAGAAGUAGCAGAGCAGCUCGGCUGUCCCCCCUCCUCCAGCAGGCCCAGGUGUGCCCCCAGCCCAAACCACCUGGCCAAGGCAGCCUCUGGCCCAGUGCAGCCAAGAGUUUCUCAAAAUGCCUAGGAGAAAAUUGUGAUGUAUUCUAUUUGUCUGCCAAAUGCCACCCCCAGUAUCACUAAAGAGGAGGUGACAAAAGAAAUUGUGUUUGACAGCCAUGUGUGCUCACAUGGAGCUUCCCAGGGCUGGGCAGGGAAUGUGGGAAGGUCAGCAUGGGAAGGGGGUGGUUGUUCCUGCCCAGAGUUGAGCAGGAGGAGCUUUGGUGUGUCUGCCAGCUGCAGGUGCCUGUGCACUGCCCCUGGUGCACUGCUGAGUUACCCUGAUCCCUCCAGAGCCCAUUUCUGCCUCGAGAGCAGCAGGGCUGGGGGCAAGCCAGGGCACUGCUGCACCCUCCUGCCCCUCUCUGCCCACCCAGGGCUGCAGGCACCCCCAGAGCCAUUCCUCCUCACCCCUGGGGCUGUUUGCCUCCAAGAAGGCAGCAGGAGAGUGUGGAGUCUUAACUUCUUUUUGCCAGGCUCGGGAUUAAAUGUGUGAGAUGGUAUUUCUUGUUCUGACUCAAAUGUUUAUUAGUUCUUUUCUCUGUCACAGUCUCACAAACCCUGAGUUCUGCAGCACUUCACUCCAACAAACUAAAAAUGGAGCCCUGUCUCUCUCUCUCCAAGGCCUUUUAAGGAUAAACUGUCCAAUUAAGAAAUGACACCUAAAUUAUUUUUACUUUUAACCCAAUAACCAACCACCCGUGCCUGCACUUUUGGGACUUUUUUAUGCAAUUACACAAAACCACCCAAACCCAGGGAGAAGAAGGUGAAGAAGGAGAAGCAGGUGAAGAAGAAGGAGCAGCCUCCACCCUAAACCCUCCAUCCUGCUUUCUAUCUAUUCCUGUAUUCUAACCCCUUAAACUCUGAGUUUCCCACCCUGUGAUAUCACACACUUCUAUCCAAACUGCACACCCACAAUCCCACUUCUGUCAUUCCAUUUUGGAAGCUUCUCCAGGGCCUCUGGUCAAUGCAGUGUUCUCAGGUCAGUGCCUGGCAGCACAGAAAGUCUGGAAUUCUCAGCAUCCAGGGUUCCAACAGGAGAGGUGUGACAAGGAGGGAGGGACACAGAGCCCCAGGAGGUGAAAGGUGUCAGCAGGAGGGGUGG